AUGCCGGUGGAUUACUCCAAGUUCGACAAGGUAGAGGUAUCCGAUGAGGAGAAGGAGGACGAGGGCGAAGGCGAGGGCGCCGGGGACGCGUGCGCCGCCGGCGGCGCGGCAGCCGCGCCCGCGGACGCCGCCCAGGCCUCCGCGCCGCCGGAGCGGGCGGCGCCCAGCCCGCAGGAGGCUCCCGCAGUGGAGCCGUCGGAGGAGGUCGUGGACUUUGUCGCUGCGGCCCGCUACGGGGACAUGGACGACGUGCAGGCGGGGCUGGCGUCAGGCAUGGACGUCAACGCUCGCGCGGGCGGUGGGGCGUGCGCGCUGAUGAUGGCCAGCGGCAAUGGCCACCUGGAGGUGGUGCGGUCGCUGCUGGAAGCUCGUGCUGACUGCGCGGCAGCGAACGAGGGGGGCAACUGCGCGUUGCACUGGUCCGCGCUCAACGGGCACGAGGAGGUGUGCAAGGAGCUGCUGCGUGCCAGGGCCGACACCAACAUGAGGAACGAGUUUGGCCGGCGGCCGUUCGAGGAGGCGUUCGGCCGCGAGCACACCACCAUAUGCGAGCUGCUGGCGACCUUGACGGACUUCUCUGGAGACGCAGUUGACGGGCCCGACACCGCAGUUGACGACAAGGAGGGGGACUGA